AUAAAUUUUAAAAAUUUUAACUUAGAGGUUAAGUAUAGGCAAAAAAAAAAAAAAUCAAAUCAAAUCAAAAUCGUGGUACCUCUAAUUUAAAAGGGGAAAGGCAGAGCCAAACAAUCUCCGAUAUGAGCAUCAAUAUAUUCCCGAUUUUAUUCUGUUCGAUAAUUGCUUUGUGUUGUUUAAUCCAAAUGGCUGAAUCUACAGACGCAACGAAAUCAUCUUCGGCGGCGGCGGCGGGUGGGACGGAUGCGGCGGUCCACAUCGUUUACACCGAGAGGCCUCAGGAUGAGCAGCCUGAAGCCUACCAUAUCCGGACCCUCUCCAACGUCCUCGGCAGCGAAGAAGCUGCUAAGGAAGCCCUGAUCUACAGUUACAAGACGGCUGCCAGUGGCUUCUCCGCCAAGCUUACUCCCCAACAGGUUGCCGAAAUAUCAAAACAACCUGGUGUUCUUCAAGUUGUCCCGAGCAGGACACUCCAGCUACAUUCUGGACCAGGCAAGCUGCACUAAGGCUCAAGAAACUCUUUUACCCUACUAAAAACAAAAUCCUAUGGAACAAUAGUCUCAUUGUAUAAAUAUGUUUGACACACUCUGUGCUAUGGGGUGUGCUACAUUAUACUAUUUGAAUCUAUGUUACAUAGACUUAUUUGCUUAUAGAUAUAAAUAUGAUGGGUUUAAGAUAAUAA